AUGGGAAUGGCCACACUUUUCAGUCUCUGCUCCAGUAUGUGGUUUUGGUCCAAAAUACCACCUGGACCUGCCAGCUGUGUCAUGAUGUUGUUUCUAGUGAAACAGGCCAAAGGAUCUCUGUUGGAGAAAACCACUUCUAGAUGGCUCAACUACAAAAAAGAAUGCUUGAAAAUGCUCCAGGAAACAUCUGUAGUUACUGGAAUACAUUGUAAUGGGACAUUUGAUCAGUUUGUUUGCUGGCCUUACUCACCUCCAGGAAAUGUCUCUGUUCCUUGUCCUUCAUAUUUGCCAUGGUUGGAAAAUGGCAGUGCAGGAAAUGUAUACAGAGUCUGUUUGGACCAGGGAAUUUGGCAAACGAGAGAAAACUCCACAGACAUUUGGCGUGAUAGUUCAGAAUGUUCUGAGAAAAAUCAUUUCAAACAAAACGUAAAAGAACAUACAUUGCUCACCACUCUACAGUUGCUGUACACCAUAGGAUACUAUUUCUCUCUCAUCUCCCUUGUAUUAGCUCUUUUUAUACUGUUUUUACUCAGAAAACUUCACUGCACAAGAAAUUACAUCCAUAUGAAUUUAUUUGCAUCUUUUAUCUUGCGUGCUAUCGCAGUUCUUAUAAAAGACACCGUAUUCUACAACACUUACUCAAAAAGACCAAAUGAUGAAACUGGGUGGAUGUCCUACUUCAGUUCCGAGAUUUUAAUCAUUUGCAGGACUGCCCAGUUUUUCAUGCAUUACUUUGUUGGGGCAAAUUAUUUUUGGCUAUUAGUAGAAGGAAUUUAUCUCCAUACGUUACUGGUAACUGCUGUACUCUCUGAAAGGCGACUGCUGCAGACAUACAUUGUGAUUGGAUGGGUUGUUCCUAUUUUGUUUGUGGGCCCUUGGGGACUAAGCAGAUCAAAACUAGAGAAUACAGGGUGUUGGGGAACAAAUGAACACAUGGGAAUCUGGUGGAUCAUCCGAGGACCAAUGCUGUUUUCCAUUACAGUUAACUUUGGCAUCUUCUUAAAAAUACUCAAGUUGCUGAUUUCCAAACUAAAAGCCCAGCAAAUGAGCUUCCAUGAUUACAAAUACAGAUUGGCAAGAUCUACGCUUGUGCUGAUUCCGCUGUUGGGUAUUCAUGAAUUUGUAUUUACCUUCAUCACUGAUGAACAGGUGGAAGGUUUUCCAAGACAUAUAAGGCUUUUUAUUCAGCUGACAAUGAGCUCAUUUCAUGGAUUUUUUGUAGCAGUUUUAUAUUGUUUUGCUAAUGGAGAGGUGAAAGCAGAACUCCAAAAGCAAUGGUCCCGCUUCCUGCUGGCAGACCCCUUUGGCUGUAAGCUCUGCUUUCUUGGAGAAAACAUCAAAUACCUUAGGAAGUGUUCGCAGAAACCAAAGAAGCAGCACGUUGGCAGCAACACCUUGUGUCAGAAAGUGAUCGAGCCCUGGAAUAUGCAGCUUCAGCAGGUGUUGGUGAAGAACAGGACAGAUAUCUGCCCAGGCUGUGCUCUGCCAUCCUGUCCACGAGCAAGCAUGUCAGACAGCAGUGAAGAAGUCACUACUGGAGAGACAACUGAGGAGGUCUUUGAAGAAAGUGAAUGUUCCUAACCUGUGAUGGCCAGGAGAAGACAGGCUUGCUAGGCUGAAUUGUUCCUGUUGACCAGUCUGGAAGAUAACUGAUGAGGAUAUACACAGGAUGUAAUCUGGGCAUGAAUAGGACUCCAGAUACAUAUAUUUUUGUCCUAGUAGCUUCAUUCACACAUGUCCACCAUUCUAUUCAUAUUAUAAAGUUGUGUAUUUAUUUUACAACUUCACAAAUAAAGAUAUGAGACUAAAAGGCUUUUAUUUCUUGUAGGAUUUUCUCAGUAUUAAGAAUUAAAU